AUCUUCUUUUUCCACUUUCCUCUUUCUCAUCUACCAGUCUUCCUCCACCAAACAGAUGCGUCUAGUUCCUGCCUUCAACGAACUUUUUUCUCUCUCUCUCUUAAUUUUUUUAAAUUCUAGUUUAAUCUAACUUGAUGCUUUCUUAAGUGCGUGCAUUCGCUCAUCUUCAGAUUACACACACUUGCAGUAAUGUUAGGUGAAUAUUUUGCGACAUAAGGGCAGGGUUGACUGAAAUCAGACAUACAGAGAGUGCCAAUUCUGGCAAAGUUUUCACAGAUUAUCUUCCAAAUCUCCAAUUCAUCUUCUUUUCGGUGAAGCGAAAUGGCUGAGGCUGCUGUUUUGGGUGGCGUGACAAGGGCUGGUGUCUCUCUCGUACCAGGAGUAAAAUUCUUGUGCGGGGUGAGUAAAGAAGUUGAGCUGCUAAAAACUGAGCUCAAUGUGAUGCAAGGCUUAUUAAAAGAUGCAGAUAUGAGGCAAGAUGAAUCAGAGACUUCAAGACGGUGUGUUGCUGGAAUAAGAAAUCUUCUUUGCGAUGCAGAAGUUGUCAUUGAGAAAUAUUCCUUCAAUGUUGCAAGCAGAAGGGGUGGAGGCGUACAAAAGGUCAUGAAGAGGUAUACUUGCAUCUUGGAUGAAGCACGUACUAUCUACAAGGUUAGAUCAGACGUUGGGAAAAUCAGGAAACAAAUUUGUUUUUUGGAAAGGACGUACUACAACGCGAUAGGAGUUGCCGACAGGCGACCACAGCAAAGGGAAACUACUUCUGAUCAUGAACAUGAUGUUGUUAAGUUGAAUGAUGAUGUGGAUAAACUGGUGAACUUUUUGCUGAACGAAAACAGUAGAACUGCUUUCAUAUGUGGUAUGGCUGGUAUCGGAAAAACUACUCUUGCCAGGAUGGUUUAUAACCACCCCACUGUUGCAGAUAAAUUUCCUCGCCGUGCUUGGAUAUCUCUCUCUCAACAAAUAAAACCAAGAAAGGUUUGGGAAGAAAUUUUGUCGUCCCUUUGCCCUUCAACGUCUGAAGAGCAAUGGAAAGAUGUUCUACAGUUGUCAGAUUCACAUCUCACUCUAAAACUUUGUGAAGUUCAGAGGGAAAAUAAGUGUCUGGUGAUUCUAGAUAGUAUUUGGACUUUUAAGGAUUGGGAUAGGCUAGUCAACGCCUUCCCAUGGGAGAAACGCAAAAUAUUGCUCACCUCUCGUAAUAAAGAUUUGCCUUCAAAAGUAGAUGCCAAUUGUUUAGUUCAUGAAUUGCAGUGUCUCGAUUAUGAAAAGAGUUGGCAAUUGUUUGAGAAGAUACUAAUGGCUCAGAGACAAGACUUUAUAAUCAGUAAUGAGAUGAAGAAUUUAGGGAAGGAAAUGGUUAAAGAUUGUGGGGGUAUUCCUUGGGCCAUCUUCUUACUUCAAUGCAAUUUAGCACCAAUGACAUCGGAGCAGUGGCGGGAUCAGGUUGGGCAUGUUUGUAUAAAAGAAGACUUACAAGUGAUCGAAAGGUUAGCUUUAAGUUAUUAUGAUUUGUCUCCUUGUUUGAAACAAUGCUUUCUACACCUGGGCCAUUUUCCAAAGGGUUUUGAGAUACCAGCAAAGGAAUUAAUUCGAAUGUGGAUGGCAGAAGGUUUUAUACCAGAAAUUCAGCAUGAAAGAAAUACAAUGGAGACGGAGGGAGAAAAAUUUUUAGAGGAACUAGAUCGAAGGUGCAUGGUCCAAAUUGGGAAAAGGGACUCAUUUGGAAGGAUCAAAACAUGUCGAAUCCAUGAUUUUAUGCUAUUCUUUUGUGUCUCAAAGGCCCAAGAGGAAAAUUUUCUUCAAAUCAUAAAUAUUCCUUCUUUGAAAGAAAGGAGAGAGAAUGAUGAUAAAGUUCGAAGAAUUGCCAUCAACGAGGAACAACAUAAUUCUGAUCCACCGCUUCGCUUGACGAUAUCCAAAGAUUAUCCUCACCUCAGGUCUCUUUUAUACUUUUGCCCUGAUAAUUUGAAUAGUUCUUAUUUGGUGAAAUCUAUGUUCAAGAACUUUAAAUCACUUAGAGUCUUAAAUCUCAAGAACUUUGGCUUUUAUAAGGGAGAAUUACCUAAAGACAUCGGAUGUCUUAUCCACUUGAGAUUCUUAUCUCUGAAAAACAGCAACAUAGAUAACGUGCCAUCAUCCGUAGGCAAUUUGAGGUGCUUGCAGACAUUAGAUUUGCGGUCCUGCACAAACGGUUUUAGAGUGCCAAAUGUGUUCAAGAAGAUGGAAAAAUUGAGGCAUUUGUAUCUGCCCAUAAAUUAUAGGGUAAGUGAGAAGUUGGAGUUGGCUAAUCUUCCUAAUUUGCAGACGCUAGUGAAUGUUGAUCUCAACAAAUGUAAUCUGCCACCAACAUUUCCUUCUCUUCGGGUUCUUGUCAUUGGCACUGAUCCUUGCAAUGAAGAGACAACAGAUAUAGUAUCAAUGGUAUCAAGUUGUCCUCAUUUAUAUAGGUUGAAUUUGAAGUCGAAGAUACGGCAGUUGCCAGAAGAUGAGGAAAUCUGUCAACAUAUUGCCAAGUUAACCUUAAAGUUCACUUUUCUUCAGGAAGACCCAAUGCCAAUAUUAGGGAAGUUGCGCAAAUUAAAAAUCCUCCGCCUCCUUCUCAAUUCCUUUGAAGGGAAUCGAAUGACUUGCAAUAAAAAUGGAUUUCCUCACCUUCGUUCUCUUGUCCUAAGUGAUUUAACAUACCUGUCGGAGUGGGUGGUGGAGGAAGAAGCCAUGAAAAUACUCUGUCAUUUGGAAAUUGCUUGUCAGGCACUAAGGAUGAUUCCAGAUGGAUUGAGGUUUGUUACUACCCUCCAGGAAUUGGAUAUCAGCACCAUGCCAGAGUCAUUCAAACACAGAUAUAGUAGAGAAGGAACAGAAUUUGACAAAGUAGCACGUGUGCGUUCCUGCAAACUUUAAGAAGAAUGAUAUCUCGUUAGAAAUGCAGGUUUCCCUCCCCUAAUUACGCGUGUUUGGUGAAGUCAUCCACGGUGCAAAAGUUUCUACCCUUCUUCAACCCAUAUAAAAAUGAACAAAAUAAUGCCAUUGCUUUGUAACUCGUACAGGGUUGCAGAUAAAAGUUCUUCUGGAAUGUAGAGUUCAAAUUUGACAGAACUCCGCUGAUAAGGAUUCUUGAAGUUUCAAGAGGCGUUGAAGCUUAUCUCCAAUGGAACACUUGGAAUAUGAAUAAGGUUUCUUAAUUUGAAUGUUUUUAAAUUUUAAAGAUUGGGAUGUAGAAGUUCUUCAAGACUGUAAGGGUUGAAUUCAAUUAAGUUUUGACAUUUGGAAAUUCUUGGAAGCUUGUAGAUUGAUUCCUAGAUUGGUGAGUGUUUAUAAAUGCCUUAAAUUCCUAUUAUGAUUUGAA